AUAUCAAUAUAUCAAUCAAUAAUACAUAAAUUGUUACAUGGUAUCAGAGCAAGGUUAAGAACCUAUUCAUUCUGCUUCACCGGCGGGCGGCAGCCUCGCCUUGGCCGCCCGCCAGACCUCUACACAUAACCCCCUGUGUUCGUCCCCUGUGCUCGUCUUUGCAACACUCUCUCUCUCUCUCCUAAUUUGUGAAGGUAGUUCUCUCACAGAUUGGUUUCCCCUCUCUCUCUCUCGCAUUAUUUAUGUCCCAUUUGAUUUGGAACUAUGAAGCUAGUUACCAACAUCAACCCCAAAAGACUCUUCAGGUCAAAGAAGAACCGGUCAGUCUCACGAUCCGACCCGUUAUCGUUCAGCUCCGGUUCCUCCUCCUCCGAGUCCUCAACCUCCGGGCCGCUCCACCACCGCAAAUCCGAACCCGAAAAAGGAGACUCCGACUAGCGUUUUUGCCUUCGAAAUCAUCGGAGAUCUCAUGCGAUUGGUCCGAAAUCUGCUUCGAGUUCGUUCCAACCGUCAAGAUGAUCGAUAAAGACGCUGAUGGAAAGAUCACGAGCAAGGAGCUCGAGGCUUUGCUCAGCCGAGUCGGCCUAGUCGGCGCCGAGCCACCGACCGAGGAGGAACUGAAGUUGAUGCUCAGCGAUGUUGAUAAGGACGGCGAUGGAUGUAUCAGCUUGGAGGAGGAUUACGGCCUUGUUUGGUUUCAGAAGCCUUCCUUCGAGCUCUCUCUCUCUCAGAGGAUCUCUCUCUCAUUUCUUUUUGAUUGGUGAAAUCAAUCCUCAUAAACACAUACACCCAUCACCCACAGAAAAGAACAGCUACCCAAUGCACUUUAAUCUCUCUCUCAGGCACACCCAACGCACAUAUAUGUUUAUUAUAACAUUUUGUCAUCAUAACCCACACCACACAACCCCUUUCUUUUCUUUUCUUUAUUCUCCACUCACAAAACAUUAUCAUCAUCUUUUGCACCUCACCCGUUGCUCCACAUUCUUUCUUUUCUUUUAUUUUUUUUAUUUAUUUAUUUAUUUUAUUAAAAUAAAAAAAUAAAAAAA